GGGCUGGGGAGGGGGCGCGCGCGCCCUGCGGUCCUCCGCGCCGCAUCGGUUCCCGGCGCGGGGCCGCGGCGGCGGCGGCGGGAGGCGGAGGAUGCGGACUCCGGCGGCGGCGGCGCGGGCCAGGGAGGACGCGGGAGGAUGAGGAGGAGGCCGGCGGUCCGGCCGCGCGGCGCCGGGAGGAGGCGCAGGCGGCGGGGGCGGCGGCGGGCGGCGGCGGGCGCGCGGGGUGCGGGCCGGCUCGGGCGCGGAGGAUGAAGUGGAGCGUCCGCGGGGCCUGCGCCGCGCUCUCCUCCUGCCUCCUGCUCGCCUGCGCGCUCAGCGCCGCCGCCGUCGGCCUCAAGUGCUUCUCGCUGGGCUCGGAGCUGCGCGGGGAGCCGUUCCGGCUGGGGGCGGCCGCCGGCGCCUUCUACUCGGGGCUGCUGCUGGCCGCCGGCCUCUCGCUGCUCGGCGCCGCCCUGCUCUGCUGCGGGCCCCGGGACGCGCCCCUCGCGGGGCCGGGGCCGGGGCCGGGCCCGGGCCCGGGGGCCCCUGCGGCCCAGGCAGGGGCUCCAGAGGCUGCGCCGGGGGAGCCGGGGGCCGCAGCCGGGCCCCCAGGGCCAGUGAACAGCCAGAACCUGCUCCUGCUCGGCGUCCUCGUCUUCAUGCUCGGGGUCCUCAGCGCCUUCGCGGGCGCCGUGAUCGACGGCGACACCGUGUCGCUAGUAGAACGCAAGUACUCCCACUACUGUCUGCCCCCCCGCGCGCCGGCCGCCGCCCCCGGCGCGGCCCCCGGCCCCGCGGCCGCCGCCCCCGGCCCGGCCCCCGGCGCGCCGCGCGCCCGCAGCGCCCUGGACAGCGCCACGUCCGCCAAGUGCCGCCAGCUGAAGGACUACCAGCGGGGCCUGGUGCUUUCCACCGUCUUCAACUCGCUCGAGUGCCUGCUGGGCCUGCUCAGCCUCCUGCUGGUCAAGAACUACAGGUCGUCGCAGGCUCGGCGCGGCCGGCGCGGCCGGCGGAGGGGAGGCCGGGCCCCGGCGCGGCCCCGCGGCGGCCCCGGGCUCCGCGCGCAGCCGCCGGCCUCCCGGGCGCGGCGGGGCCGGCGGGGCCGGCGCGGGCGGCGGCUGCAGCCGCGGCCGAGCGAGGCUUCCAUCCUGUCCCCGGAGGAGUCGGACUUGGCCGCCCCGGGGGACUGCGCGGGCUUCGCGGCGCACCACGCAGUCUCCUACAUCAACGUGGGCGUCUUCCACGCGUUCGACGAGGCGGGUGUGGAGGUGUGCUGCGGGGGGCACCCGUCGGUGGAGCUGCCGGGGUACGCGCCCUCGGAUCCCGACCUCAACGCCUCCUACCCCUACUGCUGCCGGCCGCCCUGCGAGGCGGGGCGCCCGUGGGAGCCAAGCCGGGCCUGCUGAGCCCCCGGGCCCACCCCAGACGGACCGCGCUCGGGCCCGCGCGCGCCUCCCGGCCCGGCCACCCAGCGAGGGACGACCUGGGCCGCUGUGGCUUUGCACCUUCAGGGGCGGACUGGCCUCGCGUCGCCGAGGGCUCCUCGCCGCGAGACUGGUCCUUCACUAUUACCAUUUCUGUGUCUGGGAGGUUUCUCUUCUUUUCCGUGUCUGUUCGUAUCCGGAUUCCAUUUUAAAGUUUACAAUAAAUGUUUUGGGGUUGCCUCGCCCCCAUCGCACUUCUCUUUGGCAAGUCCGGUCCAGGGUGAGAGAGUUCGGAGAGCGAGGGUGAUUUCGCGGGAGGAACCCUCGCUGAGAGGACAGAAAGACAGAGCAGCUGGUACUUUAGGGUUGGCAGAAGUGGAAAAGCACCCAACAGCAACACUUUGUACACGGAUGUGCCUGCUUUCGUUGAUACUUUCUUACUGUAAAGCUCUCCAUAAACAGUGAAAAUGUUUGGUAAAUUUAUUGCAAUUUAAAAUUGGUUAGUUCCUUUGUUAAAUUAAUUGCUAUGUUAUUGGAGAUAUUCAUCAAAUUGGAGUUAGGGGGUGUCGACACACAAAUCAGUUUGGGGCAAAUGGUUGAAGUUGGUCAAAUGUUGAAUUUGAACAGUUGUAUUCUGCUAGGUGGUUGACUCCAUCCAACCUCUUCCUAAAGCUAACUUUCAGACAUUUCUUUUUUUGGAAACUGGCAGUGGGGUUUCUACUGCAAAGCUGAGCUUAUUUUUGGUUAAUAUAUAUGAACAAUCCAAUCCUAUUUUGGAAAAUCACAGUCAUAGUUUUUCUGGCAAAGAUUAUUUUCCUGUUAAUUAAUUCAUUAAUCUGGUAAUUUUGCAUAUUAUAGCAUUUCAUUUAAAAAUACACCCCUUAAAUAG